GAUACAGAUACAAAAAAUUCAAAAGUUUAACAUAUUGUUCAUAAAAUAUCAGUAAAUACAAAAAUGUCAGACAAAUCUGAAAAGCCCAAAAGACUGACGUUUGCUAAUAUUUGGGAUGAUUAUAUAGAAUCAACCGGAUUCCAUGCAGUGAAUAAAAUAAAUUUUGGACGGAAGCAUCCACUUGCAAGAACAGUUUUUUGGAUUGUUUUAUGGUUGGCGUCAGCUACUUACUUGAUAUAUAUCGUAACUACCGAGUUAUCAUCAUACUACAGCAAUCCUACAUUCACAACAGUGUCUAUGAGGCAUGCCGAGGAACUACAAUUUCCCGCCAUUACGAUCUGUAACCUUUCCACAAAGAACAGAAGCACGUUUGGAGACGAUAACCGCACAGAGCAUUAUUACUAUGGAAUAACUCGUAUACCAAAACCUGCUGAAAAAACACCUGUUAAUUGGAGUGAUCCAUUUUAUUCUACAGAAGGCUUUUUUGAUGAACAGACAAUUGAAGAUCUUUACAAUGAAUCUAAACAAUUAUCUCAGUUUAUAGAGUUCCAUGAAUUUGAUUUGAAAGCUAAUUAUCUGAAUUACACACCAGUUGCAACAGACCUUGGACUGUGUGUAAGAUUCAAUGGUGGUAGCCCUGUUACCACUCCCAUGUUUGGAGGACUUUAUAAUCUACAUGUGUAUAUAGAUCUUCUUCUUGAUGAUGAUUACUAUCCUGAAAACUAUCUUUCAUCUGGAUUAAAGGUUGCUGUGCACGACCAAAACGAGGAUGUACUAAUGGUAAAUAACGGGUUCCUUGUCCCACCUGCAUCUGAAGCUUCCGUAGAAAUUACUAGAAAGCAGAAUAAAUACUUACCAUCACCAUACAAAGCUUUUGAGAAUAACAUCUGUGAAGAGAGUGCAUCCCAUUAUAGUGAAUCUAAAUGUAGACAUGACUGUUUACGAGAUUCAAUCAUGCAGAAAUGUGGCUGUGUUGAUUUUAUGUUCGAAAGUCCCACAGGAAAAUAUUGCUCAAAAGAAAGAUAUGCAGAGUGUGUUGGUCCAGCUAUUUGGGACAUUCUGCAGACAGGUAGUAAAUGUAUUUGUCCGUUUGCAUGUCAGAGUACAACUUAUGAUACAAAAUUAUCAUUUGGAAAAUUUCCGUCUGAUUUUAUGUCAAAAUCAUUGGUUAAACUACUGAACGAGACGGAGGAACACAUCAAAAAAAAUUAUGUAAGUCUUAGAAUAUAUUAUAAAAACUUGCAGACAACAAUCACUGAACAAAAACCUAAAUACGAAAAUGCUGGAGAUAUAUUUUCCAAUGUUGGCGGACAGAUUGGAUUGUUCCUUGGAGCUAGCAUAUUAACAGUUAUUGAACUAGGCGAGUUCAUGUUGUUUGUCAUGUGGUACUUUUUAGUCAACCUGUUUAAGCGAAACGUUGUAGUUUACAAUGGGAAUAAAAUAUGUCUAUCAAAGCAAGAACAGAAGAACUAAUAUUAUGUUUAUAUAAAUGCUUUGUCUAAAUUAGUAUGUUAUAGUUCAUAUUGAAUGU